AUGUCGAGCGUCGUACUUGGUGUUGAGAAGCUUCCAGACCCUGUUGCUCCGAGCUCUGAUCAGUAUUCUCCUGACCAUGGGCAUGGUGUAGCGAUUGAGACUAUGCCCACAAAAUCGGUAUCAAUCGAUCCAGGAGAAGCGACAGAUCCUGAGGCCAGCGUGGGAGCCACGAGUAUUGACUCAGGGGCUGCCAAAUUCCAGAAACAUACAGGAAACUCUCAAAUUCUACCAUACGAGGAGAAUGGGAACCACGGACCGUAUCGAGUUGCCAAACAACGUGUGGGAUCCUUUACGGAGAGCGACAAUAGCGAUGAUACUGGAAUCUUGCUCUUCAAGGGGAGAAGAAAGCUCAUCUAA